CAGACCUUGUAGAUGUCAGGGGCAUUUUUGCUGAGAUUUGGCGGUCCCCAAAAAGGGAAAGAAGAUCUCCCCACGCAGCGGCAAAAUGGGCAGAGGAUGACGAGUCGAGUGCAGUCUCUCCUUGUUCCUUUGCCACGGGCAGUUGAGGAUCGAAUUCCCACUGGGCGACGAUAAUGAUGCAAUUCCCAGAGGCGCGAAUCACUUUGAAGCGCGUCGCUAUCAUUUGAAACGAGCUUGGUUCGCGUGGCGCUGAGUUCCGCCCGCAUUCGGAAAUUAAGAGGUUGGUGCUCGGGUCGAGCGGCGACGAUCUCAGGAGAAACACGUCUUCACCACGGUUUUCUGUGACGGGCCGCCGAAUUUUGAACAAGACUGCCUUCGAGGUUGUCCAGAGAAUCGACUUGUGCGACCAAGAGCAUGGACAGUGGAUGCGACUGUUGAGGAUUUUCAAAACCCAAACAUUAACAUCGAGAUGCCGGGGGAUAGAAGCGGGAAACGUCACCACAAGAAUCGAACAGCGACGUCGCCAUCAUGUCAGAAUUAACGCCCAGCACGCUCUGCACCGCGUGUCAGUCCAUCUUUGAACCAAAUACGCAGAAGUCAGAGGAAACAGGGGAGAUCCCGCAUCAUGGCCUGGAAGAACUCGCAUCUCGGGCUAGCAGCUGCCAUCUAUGUUUGACCGUGUUCAUGUCCAUCGACCCAGACGCCUAUAGAAAUUUUCGGAAUCGAGGACUAGCCAUCGACUCGGUGGGAUUCGCCUGGAUAUCGCCCAUUGCGAGAGACCAAGCGAGGCUGAAGUUUCGAUAUGUGAAGCCUACGAAGUCUGAGGCGGACAAGGAGAACCGCGGACCUACUCCGAGCAGUAGUGGCUCGAAGGCGAGUCUGUCACUGAAUUGGGACGAGACGGCGGGGUUAGUGGUUGAGUUGAUUUUGAUGCAUCCUCGAUUUGCCGUUGAACCCGGAGUUCGAACCAUCGACCCCAGAUCCGUGAGUACAGCGUCGAUAGAAAGUCUCGAUCUCGCCAAACAGUGGAUCCAGGACUGUUCCUUCAACCACAUGAAAUGUUCCGUGACGUCGGCCGCCGACGCGACUUGGAAGCCUACACAUCUGCUGGACGUUUCAAUCCGAGGUCCCAAGGGCACUCACGGAGUGAAACUGGUGGAUGGCAUGUUCGUGGAUCCCCUGAGCGAGUACGUCACGCUCUCCCACUGUUGGGGGAAAUCCAAGACGAUCCGUCUGCACAAAGGGACGCUCGCAGCCUUGAGGCAGGGCGUCAGCGUGGCGAAUCUUCCAAAGACAUUUGCCGAAGCCGCUCUUGUGACGGACAGGCUAGGUUUUCGAUACCUGUGGAUCGAUGCGCUGUGUAUUCGGCACGAUAGCGAAACAGAUGUGUUGGCAGAGGUGGGACAGAUGCACCGUGUCUAUUCCGAGGCGACGCUCAACAUAGCCGCCACAUCCUCGAGGGACGACGCGAGCGGAUUGAUCUACAGUCGCAACGUUUCGGCAUUACAGCCUUGCAUUGUCCCCGUCCCCUUCGGCUUGGGGAUCGACGAAGGCAUGUACAAAAUACUGCGCUCCACCUUGUGGCACGAUCUGGUUGACUCGUCACCCCUCAACAAGCGAGCUUGGGCUUUCCAAGAACGCUGCCUUGCGAAGCGCACAUUACACUUUACUCGCAAUGAACUCUUCUGGGAAUGUCAGCAGAUGUGUUGUUCAGAGGUGUUUCCCAAGGGCCUUCCCGCCACCAUGGGCCCGCCUUCAUCUCAGGAGAGUGUGGAAUUCUUCAGCAAAAAGAUUCAUCACCAGCGCCACGGCAAUUGGCAUCAGCUGGUGAAGAUGUAUUCCCCCAAGAAGUUGACGUACUCGAGCGACAAGCUGUUGGCCAUCCAGGGGUUGGCGAAGCAGUACAUGGCAAAGAACAGACUACAUACCGACGAUUACCUGGUUGGCCUAUGGAAGCCGCAACUACCGCAUGCGUUGCUCUGGCGAGUAGAGGGCGGGAGGAGGCCAACGAAAUACCGGGCCCCAACAUGGACCUGGGCCUCGAUCGACGGCGAAGUCAAAUACCCCGAACCGGCGUCCUCGGCCCGGGAGACUUGCAUUGAGAUCAUUGAGCUUGAUAUGCAGUACAAUCCCUCGGGCGACAAUUUCGGCUUCGUCACGAGCGGCAAAAUGCAGGUCCGAGGAUUCAUGGCAAGAGGGCUGCUGAGACGAACGCGUGAUUAUUGGGGUUCUACGCCCUGCGUGAUCCAAUGUACCAAAGCCCAAGUUGAACUUGAGAAAGCAGCCUUCGACGACCGCCUCCCGAAACUCUCCGAGGCGGGCAGUGGGAUGCUCUGUGAAAUGCUCGAGAUCUACCUCUUACCCGUCAUCGACGUGGUGGACCGGGUGGAGGGAUUGCUCCUGUGCGCGACGAUGAAAAAGGGCGAAUUCAGGAGGAUCGGGGCCUUUGACGUGAGUCGUUAUGACCAGGCCAAUUGGGACCGGUUCCGCAGCGUCAUGAAAGGCGAGGCCGAGAUGAACAAUUACGUGGAGAGACUGGACCAUAUGAACGGGUAUUGGUUUGCGAGUGACUAUACUUAUACGAUUAAUAUCAUCUGAAGACCUCGGAGGGUUGUGUGGUUCGUGGUUGGUGGUGGAGUUAUAGGAUUGGGGAAAAGUCACAGCGAUGUCUCGAAGAGCGAUGUAUAUAUGUCUUGAUGUGAUGGGGGUUUUCCAGGAGCGAGCACGAUACGGGAUAAGAACGUGGAUGGGUACAUGGGAUGAUUGAUGGUGUGGUACUGGACUGGGGGGAUGGAUCAGGAGGGUUGGACCUAGGUAUUUCUUUUGUGCCGUGAUGCACUCACUCACAGUGUAGCAAGGAGAAAGGUGGUACAGAUCAAAUUGUGUGAGCCAAGAGAGUGUGACCAGAUGGCGUGUGUAAUGUUUGAUAACGACAUAAUAGUGAAAUGAAGAG